AUGAAUGACACGGUAACUAUACACAGGAAGGUCAUGAGCUACCAACUUCUUCAGAGGCAACAAAUGGUCAUCGAUGUCCUUCACCCCAAGAAGGCAACAGUAUCUAAGACAGAAAUUCAGGAAAAGCUAGCCAAAAUGGACAAGACCACACAGAGGAUCCAGGAUGUCCUCUUUGUAUUCACAUUCAGAACUCAUUUUGGUGGUAGCAAGACGACUGGUUUUGGCAUGAUUUACAAAUCUUCAGUUUAUGCAAAGAAAAAUGAACCCAAACAUAGACUUGCAAGACACAGUCCGUGUGAGAAGAAAAAGACCUCAAGGAAACAGCAAGUGGAAUGUAAGAACAGAACAAAGAAAGUCACGAAGACUGCAAAGGCCAAUGAUGGUGCUGGCAAUAGGCAAGGUGGAGACUGGGUGAAAAACAGAAGAAGUAGCAAUUCUGCAGUGACAUUAUCAGCAGUCAUUGUGUGGAUUUUUUACGAGAGAAUUAAUAAAUUAUAG